UUGAGUUCAGGCCGAAUUUGCUUCGCGACAUUGCUCCACUCUGCGACUGUACGGCCAUCGUCAGACUCGUCCCCCACCCCUCCAGCCAGGGUCACACAGAAGACGGGGGCCGUCAAACGUUAGCUUCCAGGGUACGGUGCGACACCGCACCAUCCCAUUAGUGUAGUGAGCGAGCAGGCCUACGGCAGCAGCAGCAACACCGUUCAAGUCGAUGUCGGGAAGAUGUCGGCGCUAAGCAAGUACUUCGAUCAGGCGCUCGCGGGUGCUACCUGCCGGGAGAUACUGCAUCCAGGCGUCGACUGUGGCCAGUUCGCGUGGCGUAACCUACUCGGUACGGUCCGGUCGAACGUGCACUUCUUCCUGCCGAUCUCGGUGCUCCGGCUGCUGUUGCUCAUCUACCAUCGACGGGCCGCUUCGCUAGCGAGCGUCGAGCAGACGACGCGUGAGUUCGCCGCCAUGAUGCUGAACGCGCUGUGCGUCGCCAACUGCUGGACCGGUGCGUUCUGUCUGAUGAUGCGCAUGACGGGCCGGAUCCAUGAUAACUUCUCCGUCUCGCUGGCACCGCUGCUCGGGUCCUGUGCCAUGUUUCUGAUGCCCGCGUACGUGCAGACGACCCACGCGAAGGCCAUCUUCGUGGCGAAUCUCGAGUGCUGGAUCAAGUCGCGCGAAAGCAAAGUGAUCGAGUGGAUGCGCGAGUCUCGGGUCGUGGGGACGGUCUGCUUUAUGCUGCUCAGUGCUGGCAUCGCACGGUACGCACGCAAAACGCGCCACCGGACGGAGUUUUGGUUCAUCCAGCCAAUUAGGCGAAACCGCAGCGACACGACGGCCGAGCAGAAGCUUAACGGGGACGAACAUCCGUGCCGACGGGUUUGCUUCCAUCAGGAGCCUAUCUGCGCACGUUACGUACUGAGCGGCAUGCGCACGUACUUUACCUUUGGCGCGAUUCUAGAGCUGGCAAGACGGCUGAUAGUGACGGUAGGCCAGUGGCAGCAGACUCCAGCGGAAAGGAUGCGCUCGCUACUUCGUCUGCGCUACCGGUUGAUACUGUUCUUGACGCUGUACAACGGAACUUUUCGGCUGGUAUCGUGUCUGCUGGCAAGGCACCGACAGCAGGUGAAGGAGUAUGAUAGCACCGUGGCCGGUUUCGCCAGUGGCUGCUGGUACGGCGUGUAUCCGAGCUACAACAUAUUCAACCUAGCUGUCUGUGCACUGACACAGACACACUGGAACUUUUUGGCGGAGAAGUACGCCAAGGUUGCGCUAGUACAACGACUCGAUCGUGUUUCCUUUUCCUCGCUCGUGUGGAUCGCCUCCAUGUGCUACGUUACGUACUCCCGUGCCUAUUACCCAUGGGCCAUGUCCAAAUUCGCCCACAAGUUUAUCGACAUCUGCUCGAAUUAUGCCUCUCGAACUGCAUCAGAAAACUUUGCUGCCCGAUAUCUUGCCCCACAUUGAGUCGCCGACGACGCAUUGGUUCCUACCAUGUUCUUAUCCCCAUCUCCCUAUUCUCAACUGUUC